AUCUAUUGGGAGGGUCCCAAUCUUUUCUUUUUUUCUUUUUCUUUGUUCAAAAAGUCAAGACCAAUCCUUGAAAUUUCAAAGAUUUCUAGGGUUCCCAUUUUCAAUUCUUAGCUGACGACGUAGAAUUCCACGAUUUAAGAUGACUUCGUUUUCUGUUGAUUCAGUCAACCUUCCUGCUGCUUCAGAUUUCACUCCUCCAAAUAUGUGAAAUUUGAGUUUUGUCAUUGGUUGUGAAGCCCAUUCAGUUCUGCCUCAUAAUCAGAAAUUUAUGAGUGCUCCUCUGCUGUGAAUGUCAUUAAUGGAUUAAAGAGUUUAGUUUUAUUUUGGUCUCAUGGUCUCAUCUUGUAUGAGUUGAACAUCUGAUUAGUAACACCAUGUAUAGUUGUAUUAUGGUCAAUACCUUAGUGGAACUUUCCUACUGAUUCUGUAGAUCAUUGAAACUGGAAACAUGCCUUCAUGGUGGGGGAGGUCAUCGUCCAAUGAAGUGAAGAAGAAAACAAGCAAGGAAGGUUUCAUUUAUACUUUGCAACGAAAAUUUAAGAUUCCUUCUGAUGGUAAACUCAACAGUAAAUCAGAAGUGUCUCAAAGGUACUGUAGUGACACAGUUUCGGAGUUGGGAUCUCAAUCCUGCUUACAAUCAAGAUCUCCUUCACCUUCCAAACAAGUAUCUAGGUGUCAAAGUUUUUCUGAAGGACCUCAUGGUCAACCGCUUCCCCUUCCUGAUUUGCACUCUGCAAUUGUAGGUUGCACAGAUUCUGCAGUUGGUAUAACUACAAAACCACGGCAGGAGAAAAGCACUAGGUCAUCAUUAUUUCGGCCUCUCCCUAGACCAGCAUGCAUUCGUCAGAGGCCCAGUCCUUGUGACUUAGAUGUAGAUUUAGUUACUGCUUCAAUUUCUAGCGAGAUUUCAACUGAUAGUGAUGAUCCUAUUGACUCAUGCCAUCGAAGUCCCCAAGCAAUUGAUUACGACAAUGGCACUAGAACUGCUGCUAGCAGCCCUUCAAGUUUGGUGCUCAAGGAUCAUUCUUCAAGUGUUGCCCAACUCAACUCAAGAGAAGCUAAGAAACCACCUAACAUUUUACUCACUAACAAUCAUAGCUCCAGUACAUCACCAAAAAGGAGACCAUUAGGCGGUCAUGUGCCAAAUCUACAGGUUCCCUAUAAUGGUGCUUUCAACAGUGCCCCAGAUAGCUACAUGUCAAGCCCCUCCAGAAGUCCAAUGAGGGGUUUUGGCACUGAGCAAGUUGUGAACUCUGCUUUAUCUGCAGGAAAGCUCUAUUCAGAUGUCACUUUCCUUGGAUCUGGCCACUGUUCUAGUCCUGGUUCAGGUCACAAUUCUGGGCAUAAUUCAAUGGGAGGAGAUAUGUCAGGACAGCUAUUUUGGCAACCAAGCAGGGGCAGUCCUGAGUAUUCUCCCAUGCCAAGUCCCCGGAUGACUAGUCCUGGUCCCAGCUCUAGAAUACAUAGUGGUGCUGUCACACCUAUUCAUCCUAGGUCAGCAGGUGGCACAUCUACUGAGUCCCAGGGUAGUUGGCCUGAUGAUGGAAAACAACAAUGCCACAGGUUGCCUCUCCCUCCUCCUGUAACAGUUUCCAGUUCUUCUCCUUUCGCCCAUUCAAAUUCAGCAGCCACAUCUCCAUCUGUACCACGAAGUCCAGGAAGGGCAGAGAAUCCAACAAGUCCAACAAGUCCUGGCUCACGCUGGCAAAAGGGAAAGCUUCUGGGUAGAGGCACAUUUGGUCACGUUUAUGAGGGUUUUAACAGUGGAAGUGGUGAAAUGUGUGCAAUGAAGGAGGUUGCCUUAGUUCCAGAUGAUGCAAAGUCAAAAGAAAGUGCCAAGCAAUUGAUGCAGGAAAUUGCUGUGCUAAGCCGCUUACGGCAUCCAAAUAUUGUACAAUAUUAUGGAUCUGAAACGGUUGGUGAUCAACUUUACAUAUAUCUCGAGUAUGUAUCUGGUGGGUCUAUUUACAAACUUCUUCAGGACUAUGGACGGCUAGGUGAAUUGGCAAUACGAAGUUACACUAAGCAGAUUUUAUCAGGGCUUGCCUACUUACAUUCUAAAUCUACUGUCCACAGGGAUAUUAAAGGAGCAAACAUACUUGUAGAUCCACACGGAAGGGUUAAGUUGGCAGACUUUGGGAUGGCAAAGCAUAUUGCUGGGCAGUCAUGCCCACUUUCAUUCAAGGGAAGCCCUUACUGGAUGGCACCUGAGGUUAUAAAGAACUCAAAUGGUUGCAACCUUGCUGUGGAUAUUUGGAGUCUUGGAUGCACUGUUUUGGAGAUGGCUACAACGAAACCUCCUUGGAGUCAGUAUGAAGGGGUUGCUGCCAUGUUUAAGAUUGGUAAUAGUAAGGAACUCCCAGCAAUUCCAGAUCAUCUCUCAGAAGAAGGGAAGAACUUUGUGAGGCAAUGCUUACAGCGUGACCCGCUACGCCGUCCUACAGCAGCUAAGCUUUUGGAUGACCCCUUUGUGAAAUUUGAUGACCCCUUUGUGAAAUUUGAUGCCCCUCUGGAAAGGCCUUUCCUGGACCCUGAGCCUUCAGAUCCACCUUCCAUUGUUACAAAUGGAGUUAAAGCUCUGGGUACUGGACAAGCAAGACAUUUUCCCACCUUUGAAACAGAGCAACUUGCAGUUCAUUCAUCUAGAGUUUCAAAAUCACAUCCCAGUGAUAUCCAUAUUCCGAGGAACAUAUCCUGCCCAGUGUCACCAAUAGGAAGCCCUCUUUUGCAUUCAAGAUCACCUCAACAUCUGAAUGGAAGAAUGUCUCCUUCUCCUAUAUCUAGCCCCCACACUACAUCAGGCACAUCUACGCCUCUCACUGGUGGCAGUGGUGCUUUACCUUUUUGUAAUCUGAAGCAAUCAUCUUAUUUGCAGGAGAGUGUUGGAAGCAUACCAAAGUCCUCAAGUAGUCUCUAUGUUAGUGGCUCUUCAUAUCAUGAUUCAUAUACUGACAUUUUUUGCGGGAUGCGGCCCAGGUCUCACAUAUUUGCAGAACUAGGACUCUCAGACAAUGAUAUUCUAGGCAAACAGCUUGUAAGGCCUGCACAAGGGGAAUCAUAUGAUGGACAGUCAGUAUUGGCUGAUCGCGUGUCUCGACAACUUCUCAGGGAUCAUGUGAAGAUGAAUCAAUCCCUGAAUCUAAGUCCCAACUCUCCUUUGCCUAGCUGGAGCAGUGGUGUCUAACUUCUGCAUUUUCAUGGAUCCUGUUGGCUCAAGUUUGUCAAAAAAAUUUUUGGCUCAACAGAAUCAAUUCAUUUUUCAUUUUAUCUGCUGAGGAAUCCUUUUUGAUCAAUAAGGACCCAGAAUGGAAGUUUGAGAAAUAAGAUUGAAUUGGGCAAGUAAAGUUGCUUGUGGCUGACAAGUGAAUUGCUGUUGCUAAGAGCCUAGGCUUCAGGCAUUCUGACCCAAAAAUGAUGGUGCCAAGCCAUUGGAAAACUGAUUCUGGCUUAGAUGUUCCACUGGACCAACUUAUCCUAACAAAGCUCACUUUGUGACAAAUAAGAAAUUUGCUAUUGCAAGCUGUUAAAGUAUGACAUGGCACGGAUUUGUACAGAGCUGAGUCUGUAAAUUUUCAACUAACUCUUGACUGAACCAUUGUAAUCAAAUUGCUGGGUUGAGGAUAAUUUCCAAUGGUCUAACAUCCGGCAGUUCCUCAGGGAUGGUUAUAGUUUUUAAGAUCAUUACACAAGGGCAAGGAAAAGAUUAAGAUGGACGGUUGCUAGCUUUUGGACUAUUUUUGGGGCAGGGUCAAAAUCACUGUACAUAUGUUUUCUGAACUGAAAUUGAAACUUAAAAGUAUUGCUCUGAAGCAGUCUCGGAAUUGCUGUGCAUGUACGCUAUCAUUUCUUGGGAUGGUGAUGGUGUGCACCAGCUCAGUUGUAAGUGCCAAGUAUAGCUCUGCCUGACUUAUUAUAUGUAUAUGACCACUGGAGAAGAUUGGAACAAAUCUAAUUCCGUGAGCCUACAUUUCCUGAUUUUCGCAUGGCUUCUGUUUUGAUAUUUCCUCGAAUUUUUGUAGUAUGAACAUAUUUUGAAUUAGAUGUUGAAUAAAUGUAGUAGAACAUGAAUAAUUCACCAUGGGGACU